CACCAUCCACACCCGCCGGCCCAGGAAAUCUGCCUGUCUCUCGCACAAUCGCCGCCGACCUGGUUUGCAUGUGCCUGCUCGUUCGUCGUUCGCUGACGGCCUAACUACGCGCUAGCCGCUUUCGGCCCACGCAGCAACCAUGCAGCUGCCCACUGGCUUUACCGCCAUCAAGGACGCAACCAGCGUGGGCGACGCGGUCAAUCUCAUCGGCGUCCUGGUCAGCUACAACGGGCCCCGGUCGUCCAAGGGAUCCGACCAUGCUCUUGACUUUACCAUACAAGACGACUUCUCAUCCGGCUCGGUCGGUGGCCAGUCGAGCAUCAGCGGGCGCAUGUUCAAGCCACCCAACAAGUUUCCCAAGAUAUCGGGGCCCGGUGAUGUCGUGAUUGUCCGCAGGGUCAAGCUGAGCGAGUGGAUGGGACGCAUGGAAUGUCUCGGUGCCAAAUACGACUCAACCAUGACUGUCUUCCCCAGCAGCAUGAUUCCUGUUCCCGAUCUCAGCCACGCUUUCCAAGCCGGCAGCCAGAAGCUUCCCUGUGACUCCACUCCGAUGGCUCCGUCGCCCACGAUUCCUGAGCAAAUGGCUGUCAUAAGCCUGAAGCAUGCGUCUUCGGGUUCCAAACAACAGGUGCAGCAGCAUGCUGCAACGGCUGUAUCCAAGUCCAGGACUGCACGAAGAGACACCCUGAUCAAGGACCUGCGUUUCGACGUCUUUGCCGAUAUCCGGGCGUAUGUUGUCAAUGUCUACCGCUACCCAAUGGGCGGCCAGGUCGACCUGAAGGUUACCGACUACACUGAGAAUGAGCACAUGUUCUAUUACGCGGAUCCGGAGACGGAAGACGGACUUGUUGCAGAUAGAAGCUGGAAAGGGCCGUAUGGAUACUUGACUCUCAGCGUGACCCUGUACGAAGAGAAUGCAAACUGGGCGCAAGAAAACAUCUUACCUGGCGACUAUGUGUACAUCCGAAAUAUGAGACCCAAACUCUCCGCCAGAAACAAGCUUGAGGGCGUGGUACACCAAGACAGAGUGCAUACAUCCCAAGUUGACAUACGCCGUUUGCAGAGCGCGCCUGACAUUGCGGAAAUCGACAAACGCCGAGAAGAAUAUGAAAGGAAACGUGGAAGUAAGACGGCGUUUGAGAAGUUACGGAGCGAACCCAAGAAGCUCUCCGCCAAAGCAUCACACAGCAAGAGAGCGGCCAAAAGAGAACGGCUGCGGGCAGAAAAGGAAGCCGAACUAGAGGAGCUUGCAAAGCAGGCCCAGGAGUGGGAGUUGUCCCGCACCGGUGUCAAUCCCAAUGUUCGAAGCGCUCAUGUCGACAUGAAAACUUCUACAGUCUCUGAAAUCAUACAAAACACGCAUCUUCGCAUGCGCACCCCGGAGAAAUAUAACGAAUACAGGGUUCCUUUUGUGAAUUGCCGGUACCGCUCUCGUGUUCGCGUGGUCGACGUGUUUCCUCCCGAACUGGACCAGUUUGCGCACUCCUUGAACGAUCCAAACUGGACGAAGCACCCGAGAAGCAACGCGACCAACAGCACGGGCUCAAAAGAGCGCUGGGAAUGGGGGUUUGUGCUCCUGCUCGAAGACGCGCAAGCACCUCGGGACGGCACCUCGGAGAAGCUGCGCGUCGUUGUAAAUAACAGCUCAGCACAAUAUCUGCUGAGAAUGAAUGCUCAAGACCUCAAGAAACAUCCCAAAGCACUCAAACAACUCGAGAGAAAGCUCUUUAUCCUCUGGGGCAACAUGAUGGAGCUCAAAACGGAGCUGAGAGCAAAAGGAUCCGAUCUUCCGUUGCCGCGCGGCGACAAUCGUUUGCAGAACAAGCCGUUUGACACAUGCAUAGAAGAGUACGGCUGCGAGGUACCCGUCACGCCUGAGCAUCCGUUUGGAUAUCAGCGCAUGCACAAACUCGCGCUGACGACCAUUAAUAUGGACUGAUGUAUUGUUUUACAUUGCGCUAGCUAAUAGUCAGGAAGCGACACUGUUGUAACGCCACUGGAUGCAUCGCUUCCGGCCCGUACCCUUGCAUUCGCGUCGACUUUUCAUUGGUCUAGGAACUGCAACAUGGUCAACAGCCACUGGCUUGCACGAGCAGACCGGACGAGGGCAUUGUUGAGGCGCCGCAUAGUACCCUUGGAUCACAUUUGCAGAGUCACUGACUAGGUGACCUGCAUACUUAGCUGCAGGGACUUCGCCGCUUGACUUUACUGGCAAAGAAGACGCGUACUAGCUCGUAUUAGUAACUGAACCGACUAAGAGGACUAUACGGAGUCUCCAGUAUGACAGGCCAAUCCCCC